AUGGCUGGUGGUAAAGGAGACAAGCCUGCUAAUGCCAACAAAUCUAAUGCAGCUGCAAACCCUAGCAAGGGAAGGAAGAAGGAGACUGGUCUAGGUCUUACUAAUACUAAAGAUGGCAACUUUGGUGAAUGGUAUUCUGAGGUUGUUACAAAUGGUGAAAUGAUAGAAUAUUAUAAUAUAUCUGGCUGUUAUAUCCUCCGACCAUGGGCAAUGUCUAUUUGGGAGAUAAUGCAAGUAAGCAUAACUAUUUACAUACAUGCAGAAAUCAAGAAGAUGAAGAUUAAAACUUGUUACUUCCCACUUUUUGUAUCCAACAACGUUCUACAAAAAGAGAAGGAUCACAUACAGGGUUUUGCUCCUGAGGUUGCAUGGGUGACAAGAUCAGGGGACUCUGAAUUGGAAAUUCCAAUUGCAAUUAGACCAACAAGUGAAACAGUGAUGUAUCCGUAUUUCUCAAAAUGGAUCAGGGGACACCGUGACUUACCCUUGAAACUUAACCAAUGGUGUAAUGUUGUUCGAUGGGAAUUUAGUAAUCCUACUCCAUUCAUCAGGUAGCUUUCUUAUUCAUAAUUCAUCACAUUGCAUGAUUUUUUUUUCUUUUUUUUUCUUUUGAUCUUGA